AUAAAUAUUUAGUUAAAAAUCCUCCUCCUCCUGCUUUUCUUCCUCUUCUUGCUUAAAGCCCUAAACCCUUUGAAAGCAUAAUGUCAAACUGUGAAGUAAAAAGAAAAUGAUCUCACUCCUCUGAAAUAGGAGCGGCAGUUCAAGGAUAAGACAUUUAACACUAUUUCAUUCUCUUCAAAACCCACAUCUUUAACUAUGGAUACUACACUAAGUGUGGUGGAGAUGCAGCAGUUAUACAAUAGAUUUAAGCCAGUGUUAUGGGUUGUUAGAAUUAAAUACAUUGCUGAAAACAGACAUAUGGAAACAUUUGGAACUGCUUUCUCUGUGAGUAGUGAUGGAUUAUUAUUAACUACAUCUCAUUUUUUCCCAAAAACAUUUUAUGAAUUGGAUGUGAGGAGGUUAGAUGAACCUAAUUUUCAAUCGGCUACUGUAGCGUAUGAAAAGCCGAAAUGGGAUGUUUUGUUGCUGCAGCUCAUAGAUAUGAAUGAUUGCCCAUAUGUUGGACUUAACAACAAUGAUUCACUCUCAGUGGGUCAAAUUUUAUUGCACAUUGGGCAUCCUUAUAAUUUUGUGGGGUCGUUUUUGACGGGUAAAAUUGCCUUUGAAUGUAAAGGUAAUAUUGAAAUACCUAGGACCAAUUUAACUUGCAAAAGUUAUACACCUAGUGCCUUAGAGACUACCCCUGAAUAUAGAAUUAUGGGCGAUAUUUGGAAUAGACAUGUGUUUGUUGAUCCUCGGUCUUUUACCUAUGAAAAGAAUCUUCAUCCUUUUGUUCCUGUGAUACAAAUGUGUGGCUUCAUUUGUGGAGAAGGUUGUUCGGGUGGCCCUGUUUUCAAUGUUAGAGGGGAAGUUGUAGGAAUGGUUGCAAUGUCUGCAAAUGGAUAUGAAAUCGCUAUUCACGUUGCAAUAUUGAGAGAAACAUUAAGGCUGUUUAAAGAACAACACUCAGACGACGAUGAAAAUGGGAAAAGAAAAGCUAUACCUCAUCCUAAAAUUCAGGCUGGAGAUUCAAAGAAAUUCAAAGCACAUCACGUCGAUCGAAAAGGAAAAGUAUUGGAGAUAGAAGAUGUACGUUGGAUCUUGUCCAGAUUUUCCGGUGUGUAUGAUUCAUUUUGGAUUCUAGGGGUAGACUUGCAUGAAAUGAAGUUUGAAGACUCGCACUGCAAAUAUAAUAUUUACUAACAAGAUAUUUGCUACUUGUUACUUAUGUUGAUAGUUGAAUUACCCUUCUAAUUUUACUUGUAUUGGCUACUUGUUGAACUUGUAUUGCACCUAUAAGACAAUAGGAUAUUUGUUACAAUAGGCACUUGUUACAAAUUGAUUGUUGCCGAAUGUGUUUGGAUUAAUGAUCUUUUAUUAGUAUAAGAAGACAUAUCAGUUGUGCUCUUUGUAAUAUUUGUUAGCUUCUUAUAACAUAGAAGUGUGGUUUUGAUUAAA